ACAAAUACAUGUGUUUUGUGGUGCUUUAUUUUAAUAAUUAAAUUAAAUUCUAUUAUCGUUAUAUUUCAAAAAUUAAUAAACAACGAUGGGGAAGAGAAAGUAUACCGAGGAUGAGCAGAGUGCAAAGAAAAAGAGCAAAAAUGAUGAAAAUUCUCAAGACGAAGAUAUGGACGAUGCGUCUGAGGAACAACCCGAAAAUAAAGUACCCAGCAAACCAGCACCAGUUCCAAGACAGAAUUUAAUAGAUAUCAAACAUUUCCGCAAAGAAUUGACCAACAAACAAGGGCAGACAAUGGCUUUAACACAGUUUUUGCAAGUGUGUCUCAACCCGGACGCUAAUAUUGAUUACAUGCUUGAGUAUCUCAAAAGCGGGGGAAAUUCACACGAAAUAUUGCGACAAAUCUCACAGGACAACAAGAAGAAUUUGACUCUUGCAACACCCACGUUUCACCUUUUCCACCUCAUAAUUCUGAAGGUACAAUCUUCUUUACCGCACAUGAUAACGAUUACUGAGGAAGCUUGCCGCUACUUCUUGAAUACAUUUGUGCCCACUGUAGAAAUAAUGAUAAGUGAAAACUCUGGACCGAGACACAGAAAGAUUGUUCUUAACUUGCUCACAUCGAUUGUAACUUUAAACUCAGAUCUCGGUAUCGAAGUGCUCAAUCAAAUACCUCUUACGCCCAAGAACCUGCAAUAUAUCAUUGAGAAGCCAAAUUAUAAGGAGAAGGACAAUGUUCGUACAGCAUUUGUACAUUUUAUCACAUCUUUCCUUGUAGAUGGCCAUUUGCCGUUAAUCAAGGCAUUACUUGAGAAACCUGGCCUAUUGCCUUUGGUUAUCCCUGGACUAAUCCAAGAUGAACCAAAUUCGGUCUUGAUGUUUUUGAAUAUCCUAAAAAAGAAUGUAAUUGAUAACCUGCUAAUAUCAAAAACAUUAAAGCUAAAAACUUUCAGUCACCAGGUUUUGAAUAAUUUAUUCAGAGUUUUUCUUUGGAAGGGUCCACCUGAUAUGAGUAGUGAGCUUAAAAGUGAAUCCCACAAUGAAAUAAUGUUGUUAGUUUCGGAGAUAAUUCUAACUUUAUUUACUUCACACAAGUAUGGUCUUUACUUUGUAGAUGACUCACUGGGCACAAGUGAUGCUAACAAAAAUCAGAACUUAUACAAGUGUUUGCUUUCUUUAAAACGACCUUGGGAUAACCCUCAUCAGUGUGAAGCCGUGUUAAAUAUUAUAUACAAAUGCCCAGACCUACAUAGAGCUAUUAUUAAUUUAAUCGAGCAAUCUUUUGAGCCGCAAAAUUCCCCGACAUGGAAAAGUGUUACACAAUUCACUAUUCAGUUACUCGACAAAAUGAAGCCAGAAGAUUUGUUCCUGCGAUUCAAAAAGUUAUCACCAACUCAGACUGUUAAUUUUAUAAGAUUUGUAACACUUCCAGUGCCUUUGCUAAAAAUAAUUCACUUGAAUAUUGGUAAAGACUUAAACAUAUCAUUAUAUUGCGUGAAAGUGUUAGUCAAAAUGCUUCAAACGGUAAAAAGGUACAUACAGAUUCUAGAAGCAGAAGAUACAGAUGUGAAUGUUGCCGAGUUGAAACAGAAGUUGGAGAAUUUCUUGCCCAAACAUGUCCCACCUCCAACAUCCGUAAUUGCUUUAAUUAAUAAUGUUAUCAAUAGGUCUAAUAGUCAAACUACUCAGGAUAACAAUUUACCAAAGAUAGAAGACGCUGAAGCUAUGUUGCUACUCGUUGACCUAUUACUUCUGUAUAAUAACACUCAUCCAGCUUUCUUCGAAUCAUUGGAAACUUCGAUCGACAUGAAGAAAAUUCUUGAAUUCUCAUCGACUUUGAGCUCCGGGCCAAUUUCGUUGCUGAAAUUCAAAAUAAUCUCACUCUGGUUGAUGCUAGAUAGCACCGUCCUCACUCUGCAAAAUCCGAUGUUCAAAGACUUGUUCCUUAUAAUGCUCGAAGUGUACACGAAUGACGAUGAUGAUACAUGGAUAGAAGCUAAGGACACACUGCAGAUAUUCCUCAGGAACACUGGAAUAUUUGAAAGCGAUGAGGAUGAAAUACAUCUGAUGAUGUACACCCUGCGCCAUUCUAAGGUGAAUCAAAUAUCUCUAGUGGCCGACAUUGUGGAGCAUGUCCUGAAAAAUGGUAAAGAGCUAUCACAGCAUGUUAGAGAGCAAGUCGUCAAUUUAGAAAUAUCAAAUGAAGAAAACCAAGCCGAUUUAGAUAAACUUUUAAAUGAUCUAAUGAACAGUAAAAAUACUGAUGACAGUGCUUUUCUAGAAAACAAAAUCCCAUCGUCUUUUAUCGUUGGCUGUAUGCAAUUUAUACAGAAUAAUAGAGAUGCUAAGAAACAUUUAAAACAGUUCUUGUGCCUGUACGUCACUAAUUUACUUCACUGCAACUAUUCACCAGAAUUGACUGAAGUACUAAUUGGAGAUUCUAAGUUAGAUGUGAGGAGUUACGUAGCUAAUUGGCUAGUUGAGCCCAUCCCACUCUCAGAGAGUACAUGCAAUGAUGCUACUUUGAUUAAUUUAUCCAAUUCAAUAAUUAGAAAUGAAGUCGUAAAUCUGAAUGACAUUUUUAAUUUUAUAGAAUUAUCGGAGGAUGGUAAUUUAGUUGUAGAGGAGAUGACUUAUAAAAUUAAUGCUACAGAAACUAUAGAUAGCUCGAAAUUAUUUAUGUGGGCGAAGUAUUUGAUGUUCUGUAUCGUAAGACUCACGACAAUGGAGAAAAUUGACGAAGAGCACUUACUAAAGAUCGAGAAAUAUUUUGACGUUUUAAUCGCACUUGGAAAAAAGCACCACAUGAUUUCAGAUUGCAGGAACAUCAUCUUAAACAUGCUAAAGAAUCCACAUUUCCUAAAAAUGUACCAGCCUGUUGAUUUAAAUAAAAAAGAUAAUAAUAUUGUAGCUACCAAAUUAAUGACGAAAAUCAUUAAAAAAUAUCAGGACAUUGUGACUUAUUUGAAUAAGAAGUAUUACGUCCUAAAACCGUACCAACAGAAGAACUACAACGAAGUACUAAAGAUGUUUAUAAAAAUCAAGAAAAAGAAGAACAUAAAUAGCGAAUACACAAUAUCGGUAAUCGAAACUAUUGGCUUAUCAAAAGAAAGUGACUAUCAAAUACUAGAGCAAAUAUUUACCUGCGACAUUGAAUCUUAUGUAAAAGAAGAUAAGGAGCAGAGCUUAGCGUUGGAUCUACUUUGCACAUUGUUAGAUAAGUAUUCGAGGGUAUCAACAGAUUUUACCCAGGAAAUAAAGAAGAUUAUACCUCUGUACACCAAGUUGUUGACAAACAAGGAGGUGACCCCAAAUCUGACCAAACUGGAGGCUUCAAUGAUUAACUUUUUUGAGAACAAACCGAAUUUAGUAGUGAAUGUAAAAGAAGAUGAUUUUCGCCAAUUCUUUCAAGCGAAUACAGUAAGAAAGACCACCUCACAACUGGCAUCCAUAUUGAUGAAAUUGAACAAGAGGUACAUCAAUGUAUUUGUAGAACAAAUAAAGAGACCAGAAAUAUUAAGUCAGCGAGAGCUUACUCUGCCUAUAGGCAAUGCGGCCAUCUCUCACAGCGAAUUUCUAGCCGAACACAAGAACGUUUUAUCCGAAAUAUACAGGGAAUAUAAAAGUAAUAUCGUAAAAUUCCUGGAGAGACCACAUAAAGCUGGCCAAGUGUACCUUAAUUCUUGGCAACUGAUACGUAAAGUCGUGAUCGAAUGUAUGGAAGAAACAGAAUGCUGUAAAAUAUUUAACAAAACUCACAAAUUCGAAGCCUUAGACGCCAGUCAUUUGCAAGUUUUGCACGUUGCUUUUGUAAAGUUGUGCUUAUCAAACACGCUUAAAAAUGACCAAGUCAUAAAUUAUAUCACGACAAUGCUGCAAGUCUGCUCGAACGCUUUAAAAGAAAACAAAGAAGACGAUUUAAUAUUUAUAAUAACAUCUAAUAUUGAAAAUAUUUUGAAAGUAGCCAAAAAUGUUAUCGGUAAUUUCAAAACUGACGAAAAAGACGAUUGCAAGAAGAUAACAGACAGCGCCGUCUGGCAUGGAUUCUGUAAAAGCGUACUAAAAGAUUCCUUGAGAGUUAAAACAGUCGACCGGGCUAACGUCACCGGUCCAAAAACUCUUUCCUUGCUAUCCAAUCUCAUAAGGGUAUUUUACUCAACCGACGCCGAGGAUAUCGUCACUCUAUUCGACAUGGUAACAUCACACUCGGAGUUUCUAAACGUAAUGCUGAGCUACCACAGUCCCGACAUAAAAUAUAGAUUACUAGAGCUGCUCUACGUCCUCAUGUCGAUCAACAAAUCGGUGCUGAAGUCGCAGCAGAUACCGGUCUACUUGAGCGCGUACAGAGCGACCAGGAGCCCGAGUGACCGACUCAUCUUGACCAUCCUGUGGUUUUACGAGCACUCGAUGUUACCAGUAAAUGAGUACAAGCCCUACCUCUUCGGAGAUUCCGCGGCUAAUUUCUAUGCGGUCAGGAAGAGCAAAAUCUCGACCCUCUGGGGACACCCGAGCCCAAACCAGGUCAUUAACUUAUACGACAAGGAGACAAUCGCGAGGACCAUAAAGCAUUUUCCGGUGAAUCAGAAAUUAAACUACAACCAUCAGAGCAAAUCGGAGUCGAUCACGAAUUUCCUGAAUCGGCUGCGUCACGAGAAACCGAAGGUCAAAGACGUGGAAUUGAAUGUAGACAACCUGAUCCACAAAGAGCAUCAUCUACAGAUACUUCACGCUAUCCAAAGCCCGGAUGUUCUGUUUGCUUCUCAUAGCGAAGAGGAUGAGAGUAUAUAUGAUCCAGCGUUUGUCUACCCUCAUUUGAGUCAGCUGAUGGCGCCGGGAUCCGUGGCGUCGUGCUUCAAGCUGCUCCGCAGUGGGCUGCUGUCGCUGGUGGUAGCUGGUCUGGGCUCGCGCUGUCCGCGCAUGCGCGCCGCCGCCUACCACGUGCUGCAUCGGUUCUGGCAGCUGCUGGAAACUGAGAGGCACAAAAAUGACAAACUUCUACUUACGGACUUUAUCACUACACUGCGGGCGAGUUUGUCGACGGCCAUAGAUGAGAGCCUUUGGAACAUGAGAAAUCCCCAAUUACCAGCAAUCGGCGCCCUUUACUUGGCACGAGCUCUGAUGGUUUCUACUUCACCAUCGGAACCACUGUACAGACCUGUCAACAACUUCUUAAUAGCCAAACAAACUGUGGAUCUGACGGUCGUGCCAGAUUUCCUCAGUCUCUUCCAUGACAGCGAGGUAGAAACUGUCGAUAGAAGAAAUUGGACGCUAGAAAUUAUAAGGGACGGGACGAAGACCAUGUCAGAUGUGACAGUUAUAUUCAAAACUAUGUGUUUAAAGAUGAUCAUGGGAUUCUACUCAUCUUCUCUAUGCGACAGAAGGACCAAAAUUCAAAUAUUGAGAACGUUAAAUUCUAUUAUAACGAUACCUAGAGCCUUCGAAAUAUUGGUAGAAGGAUAUAGCCUUCUAUCGUGGCUACAUUGUGUUGCGAGAGAACUGACUAAAGAAGACAGGAGUGUGGUUAAAGAAGUAUUAGUUCUGUUGAAGAAUAUGAUCGACAGUGUUAAUAUUAUAGGUUUCGUAAAACAUUGUAGUAAAGUUGAGGAAGCCAAAGUGGAUUCUUUAGCGCAGUUUAAAGUUAAAAGUGAUGUUGAGUAUGAAAUUUUAACGAUAAUAUGCAACAUGCUACCGAGUGUAGGCUCUGAGGAGGAAGAAUUAGUGAUCUAUUUGAAACUAUUGAAUCUAGUGACGAAGAGGUCUAUAAAGUUUUUAAAUAAGAAUCAAAUGAUUAAUAUAAUAGCGAAGUGUGUUAAAGAUAAUGAUUGUAUGAAAAUGUUCAAACAGUCGGUGGUCAGCAAAAAUCAUUUAAUGUUGUCCAGUAAACUGUUAGACAGUCCAGCCCUAGAUAAAUAUUUGAUGGACGAACUAAAAACAUUGUUACAUACAUUUAUUGAUUAAAUUAUCUGUUGUCUGUGUAGGUACUAUCAGAGAAGUUGAUUCCUAGGCAGAUGG